CUCUCACCGGCUUAUAUAGCAGGGAAUUGUUGCGUGUUUUUUUUGUCGUGAUAGUUCAACCCUGUGUAUGAAGCUGUAGCUACUACCUGUUGGAAAUGGCGGGUGUAGUAGAUGAUGAUGUCAAGCUGCAUAUGUUAGCAGCGGAGGAGACAGCUGUUGGUCGCCCUGCUAUACUGGCCUAACUAACUACAAACAUGGAUAGACAGAACUCCAGAGAGCCUCUUUGGGAUAUGCCGUCCCGAAAUAGGACUUCUUAUGCUCAGAUGACACGAUUUGCAGAAUCCUUUAAUCCUAUGGCUGUAAUAGAUGACCUUGAUGAUAUAACAGUAGCUGUUAAGGAUGGAUCAGACCAGGGAAAGCCUUCAGAGGUCAGUCCCAAUGGUACUGGGGGGGACAGAGAUGAUGACCACGAGGAUGGUGACGCAGAUACACAAGAUAGAAGUGUACAGCAAGAUGUACAAGAUCCAGAUGUUAAGGGUCGAAAAUUGUUUUUCAAAGAUGGGCGCCGUCGCAUUGACUACAUCCUAGCAUAUGUGGUGGAUGAAGAUGGAAAGGCAGAAGAAGUGGAAGAGGCACGUCUAGCUCGGGAAGUGUUUGAACGAAACCUAGUCUCUGAGGGGCUCCUACUGGAGUAUGAUCAGAGGGAAGGCGAGGCAAAAUAUGUGAAGGUUCACAUACCAUGGGAAGUGCUGACCAGAUACGCUGAGAUCCUCAAGGUCAAAGUGCCAGUUAAAAAGUCACUGGUGUUGACCAACAUACAGAAGAAGUAUGCAAAGCUUGAGCAAUUAUAUAAUUCUUGGACAGGAGAAUGGGAAGUUUAUCAUAAGGGCGAGGAGUCUGCUUUUGACCAGUUCUUGAAUCCCAUGAAAGCAAUGAGUGCCAGACUCUGGGCUACCUUAACUGGCAUGGUGAAGAAGUUGUUUGCUCCGUUUGAAUUGGACAAGGAGGUUAUGCCCCCCAUACCCAGGAGAUUUACCUUACCCUACUCAAGGACCAAAGAAUACUUAUAUGAUUUUCCUGAAGACCGUGAAUCUUUAUUCUCUGUGGUGGAUCGAAGUCGUAUUGUUAAUUUCAUCCUGAGAAGGAAGGCGUUUUCAGACGAUAAAAACCAAGAGUAUGCAUUUGGUAUCAACAAGAUGAUUGCAGAUGAAUAUUACACUGCUGCUUAUCCCUUACAUGAGGGCCAUUGGAAGGCUGGAUCUGCUGAGAAUGAGAGAAAGCGACUGUAUGACCACUGGGCUAACUUACGCUGUUUCUUUAAGUUCCAGCCUCUUGAUCAUGUCAGGAGUUACUUUGGUGAAAAGAUUGGAAUCUACUUUACCUGGCUUGGGUUCUACACCCAGAUGUUGAUUCCAGCCUCUGUUGUAGGACUUAUCGUGUUCAUAUAUGGCUGUGCAAUCUCUGGCUCAAGUUAUCCAGGAGUCGAGAUUUGUGAUGAAAAGAACAAUUUCACCAUGUGUCCAUUGUGUGACUAUCAGUGCCCCUACUGGAAUCUCCAUGACACGUGUGCUAAUGCCAAAGCCAGUCGUAUCUUUGAUAAUGGAGGGACGGUCUUCUUUGCUAUAUUCAUGGCAUUCUGGGGCACAUUGUUUCUGGAGUUUUGGAAACGAAAGGAAGCCACUCUCCAGUAUAGAUGGGACCUAACAGACUUCCACCGUGAAGAACAACCACCUCGACCAGAAUAUCUUGCCAAGCUGUCAAACUGUGAUACCUACAAAAUCCAUCCAGUAACUGGGAUGAAGGAACCAUACAUGCCGUUUUGGAGAAAAAGAUUUCCUAUUUUCUUGGCCUCCUAUUCUGUCAUGUUGUUUAUGGGGUUACUGGCCAUCAGUGCUGUGAUAGGAGUGAUAGCCUAUCGUGUUGCCUUGUUAGCUGCUCUCCAGGCUUUUACCAGAGAUGAAAAUACAAGUAAUGACAACUCAACACUGGCUACGACUAAAGCUCUUAUCUACCAGAACGCCAGCGUGGUCACUACCAUUACUGCAGCCUGUCUCAACCUGCUGUUCAUCAUUAUACUCAACAUGAUCUAUACCCGGGUUGCAUUUUGGCUGACAGACCAGGAGACUAUCCGUACACAGAAAGAUUAUGAUGACAGCAUCACUGUCAAGCUUUUUGCCCUCCAGUUUGUCAACUAUUACUCUUCCAUCGUGUACAUUGCCUUCUUCAAAGGGAGAAUCCUUGGCCGUCCAGGAAAUUACAAUCAUCUGUUUGGAGGGCGUCAGGAGGAGUGUGGGUCUGGAGGCUGCCUCAUUGAAUUGUGUAUACAACUGGCUAUCAUCAUGACUGGGAAACAACUCAUCAUGAACAACUGUACAGAGGUCCUUCUACCGAAAAUAAUUAAAUGGAUAAAGAGGAUGAUUUGGAAGGAGAGCAAAGAAAAGAAAAUGUCAAGGACGCCUUGGGAGAAGGACUACAAAUUGGAUGCUACAUCCACAGCAGCUUUGUUCCAUGAAUACCUGGAAAUGGUCCUGCAGUUUGGAUUUCUGACCUUGUUUGUGGCUGCUUUCCCUCUGGGACCACUGUUUGCUCUUCUCAACAACCUGUUGGAGAUCCGUUUUGACGCUGCUAAGUUCAUUACCCAUCUUCGUCGUCCCCUUGCUGAGAGGACUCCUAACAUUGGUGUAUGGUACAAUAUUCUCUAUGGAAUUUCUAGAAUUGCCAUUAUUUCAAAUGCUUUCAUCAUUGCUUUAACAUCAGACUUCAUUCCCCGUUUGGUGUAUGAGCAAGCCUACAGUCCAGAUGGUUCCCUAAGGGGCUAUACAAAUGCUACCCUGUCCUUUUUCAACACCACCGACUUCAGCCCUGAAAAUAGACCUAACUAUGCUGGUAGUGAGUUGGUUGAGCUCUGCAGGUACCGAGAUUUGAGAAACCCUCCUUGGAGUGAUGAUAAAUACGAGUUCACAGAGAUGUACUGGCACAUCUUUGCUGCAAGAUUUGUCUUUGUGGUGGUAUUUGAGAAUCUGAUUGUUGUCAUCACCGGUCUGAUAGCUUAUGUCAUUCCUGAUGUGCCUCACCAACUCAAGGUACAGAUUCGUCGAGAGAAUUACAUUUCCAAUGAAAUUGUCAUCAAGACGGAGAUGCUUCGUGCACAUGGGGAGAAUGUAGAUGAUAUAAUGGAAACUAUAAUGGAUGACGAAGUUCGGCGUUAUCAUACUACCGACCUUGGAAGUAUGACAUUAGUGAAUCGAAAGCCUGGAGAAAGUCCGUCAACUGAGGUGUAGCCGAACAUGCUGCCUCUCAAAGACAUUAAUUCAAAUAACAUGUGUAUGAGGCAGGAAUUUGAAAUACUUGAAUAUCUCAUGGUUCAGAGAGUGAGAAGCAGUGGUAUUGGUAAUAACACGGAAACAUCUACAGAAGUGAGACAAAAUUUUGUUGGAAUUAUUAAAUGAUACCAACAGUGUGUUCAUUCCAGCGCAAGUUUGCUGGAGAAAGUCCUGCAGUAUCAUUGACAGAAGGAAACUAAGCUGUUUUAAGUUGUAGGCUGUUACAUAUGUGAGUCUGAAAAGUGUCUGCUGAAUUUCUAGUACCAUGGGACUUUUGAUAAUUCUCCUGCAAAGGGUUGUGUAUAAUUAAUCCCUCCAUACUCCAUUUGCCUUCUCUGUCAAACUCACAUCAUUUUACAAAUGUCUUUCUAGUAUAGUAGCCAAUUCUAUUUUUAAAUUUUUUAUACAUUGUAUUGUGUACACCUAAAUGUAAGUAAGAAAUGCGUUCUAUGUUACACUUCUACUACACAAGGUAUCCCUUGUGUAAGUGGUUUGAAAAAUUGUGUAUGAAUAGUGUUUAAUACACAAAGGAAACACUCUCAUGUCAGUCUGGAUACAUGUGUAACUUGUGUGUGUAAGAGAUGAGCUUGUUGCCAUAAUACUGGUUCGACCAGUAAGAUUAUUCUAGAACUGCCCCUGGAGUAUUAAGACUUGUGGUGACUUGAGUAAUUGUCUUACAGGCUUUAUAUAUCUCUAUAUCAUAUUUAUAAUACAACGGUAAACUUUAAACCUACCCCUUAUCAAUGUAACUUGAGUUUAGAGUUUCUCUAAAAUCAUUGUACAAGGUAGAUUUUAAAACUCUGUUUAUCGAUGGUUGUUUGGUCAGUAGAAAAAGCUACUUUUAGACAUGUUCCACUGACUAAAUCUUUUGCUCAAGUAUUCAUAUAUUGUCAUCUAAAUAUUUUUCUUCUUUUUGAAUAAGGCAUAAUACUUCAGUAUAAUACCCAAGAUCAAGUUGGUUCUGGCCUGAAAGGAGUGAUGAAUUUUUGUUUGACAUGUAUGAAUACAUUUUAGUGUGAAGUUGAUACAGAAACAUCUGUGUGUUUAACAGAGGAUAUAUUGUUAUUAGAUAUGUUUUCUCUCUUUUUUUUUUUUAAAUUCUUGUCAUCUGAUUUAUCUAAUUAAUAUGCUAAUUGCCACUAUAGGCAUGUAUCAGAUAAAUCAAUUUGUCAAACUUAAACGUUGAAUAGAAGUACAACAGUUUGAUAUAAAAUAAUAUUUUUGUAACAGAGGUUGUAUCUGAUCGAAGUUAAGGAAUUGUUUUAGAUGUUGGACUGUUUUCAUGAUCCCGAGAUAUAUUCUGUAGACUACAACUACUGUUUGUACAAAUGUCAUUAUACUCUGUUAUUGGGUUGCAUUUUCUCGUCGUGGAAUCUCAUUUUGUUUUUAUUGUUUAAAUCGUCUGUAUGAUGAAGGUGUAUUUUUCACAAAGAAGGUCGUGAAGAUAUUACUUAGUAUUUACAUUGUCAGAGAUAAUCUUGGUAAUAACAAUCUCUUCAGUUAUCUCAUUGUCAUUUAUUUUUACAAUAUGUUCCACAAUGUUUUGUCCCAAGAGCUGUACUGAACACAAAGUUGACAAUCUAUUGAAUCUAACACAGACAAUACUUGUGCCCGUCAUCAACAGUCUGAGAGCUGUUAUAGGUUCUUAUAAUGUUGUACAGCAAAUAGAUAUAAAGGUGCUCUUCACAUCAUAGAUAGAAAAGCCUGUAUGUUGUUGAUAUUAGUGUGUUGUAUCAGAUACAUUACUGAAACUGACAUUUAAGACCAUCGUAUUUCGUACAAUACUGAACUAAUUUUUGUAUUAACCAAUAAUUUGUCCUGUGUAUAAACAUGGAGUCAGUGUGUUCUGUAUCAGCUGUCUGAUAUAUAUAAGUGGAUGUUUGUUGUUGUACACCUUGAAUUUUAUCUUCAUUUCCUUUGGUAUUGAUUUUUAAUCAUAAAAUAUUUCAUUUAAUUAAUGAUUUUAUUUUGUUAGUAGCAUACUUUUUUUUCCAUCUCAAAAAUCCAUUUUAGAUCAAAUUUGUCCGCAGCAAACCAGCAUACCAUUGUCUAGUAAUAUUUUCUCUAGAAAAUUGUGACCAUAGAUAAUGUUCACAUCAAACAUUCAUGGAAUCAUGAACCCAAAUGAUUAAAAUUUUGCAUUUGAGUUUAACGAACCUUUUAAUGGAUAGGUACAAGGCAUAUAACUUAUCUGUUCCCAUGGCCGUUUAUUUAUAUAAAUGUAUCAACACAGGCCUGGACUUUGUAAGUUCCCUGUCAGAACUGCUCACUGAUGUUGUACAUCAAGUGUUCAGUCUUGGACUGCUCACUGAUGUUGUACAUCAAGUGUUCAGGCUUGGACAGCUCACUGAUGUUGUACAUCAAGUGUUCAGCCACAGGACUGCUCACUGAUGUUGUACAUCAAGUGUUCAGUCUCGGGACUGCUCACUGAUGUUGUACAUCAAGUGUUCAGUCUCGGGACAGCUCACUGAUGUUGUACAUCAAGUGUUCAGUCUCGGGACUGCUCACUGAUGUUGUACAUCAAGUGUUCAGCCACAGGACUGCUCACUGAUGUUGUACAUCAAGUGUUCAGUCU